UGGUUGAAGUGUGUUGCAAGACGAACCAGGGGUUGGUGGAGUGAUUGUACAACAUAUUAUCACUGAUUUUCGUGUACUUUCCGAAGCCACUUUUUCGAGUUAUAUUUGAAAUUCGGUAUCCAACACACUCGUAUCAUCUAUUCAGUUGAGAGUGUAUUUUGCUUGUCAACGUUUAAUCGUUAAAAAUCAUUCAUUUUCCUCGACAUUCCAUGUCUUCUUUGGAUGGCGUUAUGGAUUUGCCACUGAAUUCCAACAACUGUCAUCAGCCAGGUGCCUUCAAGAUUUUGCAGAAAAUUCUCCUUAAAGUUGGUGAGAGGAUUGACAGCCGAGAAAACCAGAGGUGUCCAGAGCCUAACCUAGUCAUAGAGACAGUUCGGAGGUGCUCAAACGGUUAUUUAGAUUCAGACACAAUGGACGAUGACUACGACAAUGGAGUAGAUGACUUGCAAGAGGUGAAGAUGAGUCAGUUUGUUGCAUCCAUGCUCCUGGAUUGUCUCCGAGUUGCCCGGGAGAAAAAGCAGCCAAGCAAGCUCCUCGUCCCCGAAGAUCUACCCCAGAGAGUCGCCGAUGACAUCAUGCGUAUGUCACUAGACGAACCUUGCGGGGUACGCGGAUGCACCAUCUCCGUCAUCUUCGAGGAUGGAGAGCUUUGCGAACGUGUCGGGAAGAUCACCGUGGAUCCAUCCACCGUCACAACGUUUGAGAUUGUACUGGUGCUCUCUAAAGAAACCCCGAGGUGGCUUAUCAGUAAACUUCAAACUUAUCUCAGAAACUCAUCGGAGAAGCCCACUGUCGUAAAGUCCUCUUAUAAACUCAUAAAGAGAAAACUGUACCGGAGGGAGUCGCACAUCUAUGUACGAGAAGGAUUGUAGCUUAUGGCAAGCUUUUGACAGCCCUUAUCGAAACUAAAUAGCUCUCAACCAAAUGAAUUUGUGUGUAAGUAAUCGUUUAAGCCUACAGUUUCUCCUAAGCAUGAUCCAAAACAAAAAACAACAAAGUGGAGCUUUUGUCGGGCGAGUGUUGUAAAAGGUCAACCUGUGAACAAACACCAUUCGGAAAGUGAAGCCAACUUUGGACUCUGGCUGGUUGAAAUUGUUUGUGUUAUAUUAUCAUCUGAUACCAACUCAUGUGCAGUUUAAUUAGACUGAAAUCUUCUAUGAUAAAAGUUAUAUGCCAGUUUCUUCCCUCCAGGUUUUUUAAGAAGCCUGCAAGGGAUUAAUGAAAUGUUUUCUACGUUUUUUUGUAUUUUGACAUACGGUGAGGGAACUGUUUAUUUGUUUUCUUGUUCUUAAGCCAAUAUUGUCAUCGGUCACGUGUUUGGUGCUUCUUUUUUUUAAUCAGUUCUCCUUCAGAAGAGGAUGAUUGUUAUAUUGCAAUAUUUCUGAAUGUCCCCGAUUUUGGUAAAUUCUUUCACAGGGUUUGAACCCGGAACACAUCCAUAAUAAAAACACACAAAUGCUAAGUAAAUUAUUGAAAACUCCACUUGAUGAGUCCCAAACACCAGUAAGAUAGCAGUGUGAGGCAAACCGCUUCGACUGUGCCCCACCCUACACUGAAUUUUGCUCAAGAAAAAGAAUUUAUUUUGAAAUAUUAGUUCACUGCUGUGCAUCUCCACGGGGAGUAAAGCAAAAAAAAAAAAAAAA